GAAUUGAUAACAACUUUGAAAAAUAUAUCGUUGCACAUUCGGUCACAGUCGGAAAAAUGUUCAUAGUAUGUUGUACCGUCGCUUGCAACUAACGAUGAACAGUCGCUCAUAAAAACAUUCGCGUGAUUAGAAUCUUCAAUGUUUGUCAAGAACAACAACACUUAAUUGUUGUUUCCCAUGUGUACAAUAAUAAGUAACAAAACUUUGUGUGGUCUGAACGUGUUGGGCUAGAGACCUACUGGAAACCUUUACAGGCUUUUUAAUGAGAAUAGAGAAUGUUUUAUCUGCAACUGUUCACCCUUAGUUGCAACCGACGGUAUUUGACAGCAUAAAAUUGCCUAUGGCUGUGAUAACUGAUAUAAAUAAAAUACAGUCUGGUUAUACUGACUUGAGCGUGUCAUGACAAACUCUUUAUUGGAAAAUUGUGAAGAAAUAGUCGAAUAUAGAGGGUCGAAUAUCAUACUUCAACUUGUAUAGCUACAGUAUUAUUGGUACAUAGCGUUGUGAAGACAAGCCUUUUCUUACCUUUCGCUUCAGCAGUCUUUUCCAUGCUUCUCUACGCUUUCCCAGGUGAGCUUCUCUUUCCUCAGCAGUCUCCUCGAGCAAACGUUGUCGUCUUCGCUCCCUUCUUUUCGCUAGACGCUCGGCUUUCUUGUCGUUUCCUUGCCGCUCUUCAUUUGGCUCCAUAUCUUUUCAAUUGGUAUUUGAUACCGUAAUUGUUUGAUAAAAGUUUUAAUGUUUUGUUUUUGCAAAUGUACAAAAAACUGUAGCGCAAAAAGCAAAAUAUUUUCAUGAAGUGUCUGUCAGUUAAAGUCGUCAUUCGUCAUACAACAACAAAUUUUAAAUUUGACCAAUCGGUGUUCGCUAUUCAUGUCAGUCCGCCAUAUUUUUGAGAUCAGUGAGGAUGACCACCCACGCACAGUGACCCACGCCCGCGAUAUUUGAUGAACUUUAGACUUCCCUAAUGCUUUCAUUUCCCCGGGUGUAAAUAGCUGGGGGGGGGGGAAUUAGUACCCUCGCACGGCGCUUCGCGCCGCCGGCUCGGGGAAAAUUAUUUAAAAGAGAAAUUAGAAACUUAGAUUUAGAGACUUUAAUGGCUAGCCAUGAUGACUGUAGGAACUGCUCAGUAUGUAGUACAUAGUAGUAUUGUAAAUAUUUUAGCUGUAGGAAUUUACCUACCUAGAAAUUAGUUAUUUAUUUAUGUAGAUAGUGUCCUUACUUAGUUGUUUUAUACUGCUAUCAUUUUUCUGACACUUCAAUAAAGUUAUUAUUAUUAUUAUUAUUUUUAUUAUUUUUAUUAUUAUUCCUUACACAAUUAAAGUUCUCACUUGAUAUUGCCCUGUUCAGGAUGAAAUUAACAAAGCAUUUUCCUGGUUUGUAAUUUGUAUAGGUAAUCACACGGCAAGGAGUGCAAUUAAUGAUUAACACUACGAGUGAUAUUUGGAAAAUGUGCCAAAAUUGCACGAGCCGCCGGGGCGAGUGCAAUUUGGCACCUUUUUCAAACAUCACGAGUUUAUUUAUUUAUUAUAUGCAUAACAAAAUCGCUUUCUUUCAAAUUCAACUGCAUUUUGUCAAGACUUUUUAAUUCUUUUGUAAGCAAUUUGGCAUAAACAAACUUGGGAAAUGAUCAUAAACUCAUAAAGACACAUAACUUAAAUUAGAACACAUGAUUCAAACUCAAACAACAUAUUUUAGAGUAAGAAAAUCUUUAUAAAUUGAAUUACAGACUUACAUAGUCACGUUUCGCUGCAUCCCGCCGUGAUUAUUUCUUAAAACUGUUUCCAGGUAUUUUCUAUUAUUUCACAGUUCUCAAAAUCUAGUUUUUCAUCCUUUCUUUUUCCAGAAUUAAUGAAUAAAACUUCCCAGAAUGAAAAUUACAAUUGGAUUAACGCAUCACUUCCAAUUAUUAAAAUCAAGUUAUUACGUUAUUAAAUGAAGUUUUUAGAAAUUAUUCCUUUCCUUCUCAGAACGAAUGUAGCUUUGUCAGCUUGCGUGAUGUCGAAAGAGCAAUGAAAGUUAUCAUAUGGUUUCAUUCCAACUCCGAAUUGAUCAAUUGGGUUAUUGGAGAUGAAGAUAAUGAAAGUUCUGAAGAAUCAAGUGAAGACGAAAGUGAUGAAAAUAACGAUGACGUUAAACAAGUUGAACAAGUGAGUUUCUUGAGGUUCUUUCUUCGUCUGCACAAAAUUUUAUUAAUCAAGCACACGGUGUCUAAGGAAAACGAUCUAGAACCUUUUUUGUUUUGAUUCGCGCCAAAGCUGGCCUGUGAUGAUAGGUCAUUAAAAGACAAAUAGAUGGUGACUGUAUAAAGUUUGGCUUAUUAUUGAUAGGCAUUCACUACUUUUUAUUUUUACACUUUUUAGCCUUUAAGUCAGCUUGUCCGCGCUGUUAUCCUUGGCAUUGGUGUAUGUUAUUAUGCAAGAUUAAACAAAAGAGAAGCAUACUGUGAUUACAUUUGCAGAUAUUUUGACAAUUCAUGUCCGUUACCUGGAGGUGGGCGUAGGAUGCAAAAUGAAAUUAUAAGGUGAGUUAAAUAGAUUGGCGAAAUUAAUGCGCAUGGAAGGUUUAAGGUUUAACAAUGUUUGUGCAUGUAGAUAGAGUGGUUUCGAACGCCCUUCAAACAUACCAAAAAUUUCCAAUAUUUGUCAUUUUUGGAAAAACAAAAAAAUGCAGUCUUUAUAGCGUUCUUUAUAAAAAUCCGUAUAAAUUUAAGCAAAAAUGUGUCCUAACCCGAGAAAUCCAGCAAACUUUAAACCUUCUUUGGGUAAAACCAUGAUUUUACCCGGAGCAAAUAAAGGUAUGCGGUUGGUUUAUCCUAUUGUUCCACUUUUCAAUUGUAUUGUUCCAUGUAAUAUAUGCAAAAACUUUAAAAUCGCUCUUCUGAAAUGAACGUUUGGCGAAAUACAAAAAAAUCUUUUAUUGUUGAUACUGAAUCAAUUCGACCGAAAUUCUCAUAGUUUAAUUAUUAGUAACAGACCCAUGUCCUGAACCUAAAGAAAUUCAUAUAUCAUCGUUAUAGAUUGCAAGAGAACCCUUAUAUGAAUUACUUUCUUUAUAUAUUUAUAAAAAAGGAACGAAAUGAAGGCCUUAAUCUAUUACCUGUAUAUUAUUUUAUGUUCGGAGCAUAGACCGAUGUAUUAGUUGUCCAUUGAAGCUCUAAAAUCCUCAGUAAUUGAAUUUGGCUCACAUCCUUUUUCGAGCAAACCCUAUAUUUUACCAUAUAAGAAAGCCUAUCUUAGUUACUAUGGCAACGACGAAUGUAAAAGUCACUGAUCCUGUCUUGUUUUUGUAAAUGCCAUGAGAAACCUUGAUAUUACUUAAGGUGGCUCCAUACAAUUUUUGAAAUAUGACAAAAUCGUGAUUUAGAUUUAAUUUUUCGAAGAGAGGUUUCUUGUUAGAAGACAAAAAUUGUACCACAUAUAUUGAGCAAUCUUCUAAGAGUUGAAAAUUGUUCACAAAAAUGACGUCAUUACCGUUGCUAUGGUAACAAUGACGUUUCAAUAUGGCCGACAUUUUACCUUUUGACGCAUUUUCCUCGAAAAAAAGGCCGGUUACCCCAAAUUUUUAUUUCAUGAAACGUUUUCAUGUAGAAAAAUGAAUGAUGUGAAUAAGUUUAAAAAAAUUCUGUAGAUCGGAAUUUUUUAAAAAUUAAAAAACGUGAUUUUUCGUGAUGAAUAUUUUUUGGAUCUACAGAAUAAAAAAUGGGGGUAACCGACCUUUUUUCGAGUAAAAUGCGUCAAAAGGUAAAAUGUCGGCUAUAUUGAAACGUCAUUGUUACCAUAGCAACGGUAGUGACAUCAUUUUUGUGAACAAUUUUCAACGCUUAGAAGAUUGCUCAAUAUAUGUGAUACAAUUUUUGUCUUCUAACAAGAAACCUUUCUUCAAAAAAUUAAAUCUAAAUAACGAUCUUGUCAUAUUCAGUCAAGAAUUGUAGGGAGACAGUAAAAAUAUACAAGAUAAUAAUGGUUUACGUAUAAUUUUGACUCAAGGGCUUCAUAAACUUGUACAUUCGUUCCUGAAGUUAUUUCCCCUUCACUGGAUGCUUUAUGCUUAAUUAAUUCGUUUGAAAAUUUUGAAGAAACUCCUAUUUCCUAAGAAUACUUUAAUUAAUCUCCUUUAUAUAUCAAAACCAAGUGAAGAACACAUUCAUUUUCAUACCGUAUUUCCUCAUAUUGCCGGCGCUAUAUAUUGUUAACAGUUUUGAAGCAAUUUGCGGUAGCUGCUUAUGUUAAAAUUCUCUCGAUUGUUGGCUAACUCUUCUGACAACGCCCUUUACGCGUAUGGACGCUACUUAUUUUUUUAAACUAAUAAAUAUGUUUCUAGAUGUCAGCGUGGAUUUUUGAAGGACAUACAACUCGGUCGAAACAUUGCCAGAAAUACUGCUUUAAGUGAGAAUGUCUUCAUGAUGGCAGUCUGUACCGAGUUACGCAUCCCGUUGUUUGUUGUUGGCAAACCAGGCAGUUCCAAGUCUUUGGCAAAAGAUGUUAUAUCGAGCAACAUGAAAGCUGGUAACUCACAAAGCGAAUUGUUCAAGAACUUAAAACAGGUACGCAAGUGAUUUGCAUAUAGUGGGAUCCAAUCAUCGAAAUAGACUAAUUUAACAACACCGUUUUGCAUUAAAAAUUCCUAUUCAAUAUAUAUGUUUUCAGUAAAUUAUCUCCAUUUCCCCAUCCAACAAUUUUAUUUUUUUAGAAAAAAAUGACCUUUUCACAAAUGAAUAGACAGUCUGACGCAUUUUCAAACAAGCUGAGUUCGCACUUAUCCCAUAAAUGACUCAACUUACAAAAAUUAUUUGAAGAAAUAAGCUAGUCGAAGUAAUUAGGAAGAACGAUUAAAGUUUCAGUCGCAAUUUAUUUUAUUUUUAAAUUCCGUUGUUUUUUCUUCCAAAUCGUGAAAAUGUAUUGGUAUAUAUUUGUCAACACAUGAACGUGUGCCUGACAAAUCUAUAUGUUCGAAUUUCUUUGUUUCUGAUUUGAAUUCUUGGUUCUAAUCAUGCAGGGAGUAAUUGAAACUGGAAGUGUUGAAACACUAUGCCGUAGUAUUAACCGAGUUUCAAAAGGUCCUGUUGUUAACCCAUUAAGUUGCAUCGCGUCCCCAAUGCGCCCUAUACUUUCUUACUUUACUGUGUCUAACGCCAGACGAUUUUACUCGUCAAGGAGUGAGCGUUGGCACUCAAUGGAUUCAAAUCUCACAGGCAAGGCACACUCUAAUAAAUACACACGUUUUCUAACAGUUUACCAUUCAUUCUUGAUGAUUUUUAGAAAAAGUUAUUAAAAAAAUUGUUUUGUCCGACACGAUUAAGCCUAGGAUUUUGGUUACUAUAACGCUGUCGUUUUCAAACCGAAGAAGAAUUGUUGCCGUGUUUAAGUGCCGAUCCCAUAUCUAACUCGCCUUUGUUGUAAUGUCUUUUGUUUCGUUCUCAUUUAGCAUUGUAAAUUUCGCAAGUUCGAUUAAAGCUUCUUAUGAAUAAAUUCUGGACUAUAUUUAACAGUUGAAACAAAGACCAGCAAAAAUUUAUCACAAACAAAUAUAUUUUUAGGCCAAGCGUUAUAUCAAAACAAGAUUAAAUGAAGUCAUCAAAAGUAUUCCCUAUACAUAUUUUAAGUACUAUUUAAAACAUGACCAGGAGAGUUUUAUCAGAUAUAAAGAUACGAGACGAAGCCGAGUGUCUUUAGUUCUAAUAAAACACGCACUGCAUGCGAAUGUUUUAAAUUGCUUCAAAAACGAUCGAUCUAGUACGUUCAUUGACGAAAAUAGUAAUUUUCAAAAAAUACGUUGUGUAAGUCGAGAAAAUUAAAGUUUAUGUAAAUCAAGGGAAAUCUCUAUCACAUAUAAAGAUACGUACGACACGCUUAUGAUUUUUCUUUGUGUUUUCCUCAUGAAUUAUUAAUGUGUUUUUGAAUAUAUUGUAAUAUAACUACAGUGCAGUAUAUAUAGAUUUAAAUAUAUAGUAAAACUCGACAUCAAUCCCUGUUCAUAUGGCUUGAUCGAAUAUGGGCUAUAUAGAUCUCAUCAGAGUGUUCAAAUCGCGCUCGUAAAGUAGUUUCGGAAUAAGUAUACGAAAUGUUUUAAUUUGAUUUAAUAGAUCCACAUGCAAUCGUACCAGUGUAGCCCGUUAUCUACCCCUGAAGGCAUCGUAUCGACCUUCAGACAGUGUGCUAAGCUUCAGAAAGACAAGGACCUGAAAAAGUUUGUGUCUGUGGUAGUAUUGGACGAGAUUGGGUUAGCUGAAGAUUCUCCCCUGAUGCCUUUAAAAACACUUCAUCCCCUUUUGGAAGAUGGCACAGCUACUGCUGAAGAAUCAGGAAAAACUUCCGAUCAUCACCGUGUUGGCUUUAUUGGUUUAUCAAAUUGGGCGUUGGAUCCUGCUAAGAUGAACCGAGGCAUCAUGUUGAGUAGAGGAGUACCAAGUGAAAGCGAACUGCGUGAUAGUGCAAGGUUUGAGGCGAUUGUUAACUUAAUAUUUAAAAUUGAAGUCUAACAAUGCAUGGAUAAAAUUCAAGUCUAAAAAUGCAUGACACUACGGGGCCGAUUACAUCAAUCAUUACAUGGGCGAGAUGACCCGCUUAACUAAACGAAUUACUUCAGUUCGGUUAGCCACGCAGUGUGACCAGAUUAUUUCAGCAGUCAUUCCCAAAAUUUUGUUCAAAUUUUACCAAAUUAAGAAAAAUUUUACCAAUUGUCGACUUCCCAAAUAAUCAUAAUAAUGCAAAAAAACUAAUAAAAACAAACGUCAUCAAAGUAGAAAAAUUAUGCACAAAAAAGUGUCUCGAAAUACUUGUUGCUUUCAUUGUAUUGCAGUUUUUGCUAAUGAUAAGGCUUUAUUUCUUAUGCUUGGCAGUUCUGUUCAUCACUUUGAGCGCGUUAUUAGUAUAGGUAAUAGCAUGGUUGCGAGUGCAAUUUGGAUAUAACAUGCACGUGUGAGUUUUUCAAAGACCUCAAAAUAGCACGAAUCCGAAGGACGAGUGCAUGUUUAUCCAAAUUUCACGAGAAACCAUGCAUGCUAUUACUUAUUAAUAAUUUAAAUAAAAAUGUUCGAGACAAUUGUAGUUUUAACUUACGCGUUUAUAGCGAACAUUAAUUCCACCGGCAAACUUUUCCUGGCUUUGUUAUAUCACAUUAUACAACGCUAACAGCUUGAAAAUUCCACUCAACUAUGUAAUUUUUUUGUCUUGUUUAAG